GCGGAUCCACAACCUGGAAGUUUUGCGUUACGAUCGAACGGGUUCUCAUUCAGCUGUGACAUUUUCAAGGUUUACCGUUUGAAAUAAUGUCACAGAUACAUAUUUAACUGCCGGGUUUAGCUUUCAAGAUAACAGGAUCGGUUCUUCUCGAAUGUAACUUCAUAAAGUGUAGACAGGUGAGGUACAGGUUCAGGUGAGUGAUGCCUGUGUGUUCCAGCAGUGACUGUCCCCAUCUACAGUGUGUAGGAGAGAUCACCAAGGAAGAACUCAUCCACAAGUCACAUGGCCAGUGCCAAGACUGCAAAGUUGGAGGACCAAAUCUGUGGGCGUGUCUGGAGAAUGGCUGUGUGUAUGUGGGCUGUGGAGAAUCUCACACUGACCACAGCACCAUCCACUCACAGGAGACGGGGCACAACCUGACAGUGAACCUGACCACUCUGAGGGUGUGGUGUUAUGCCUGUGGGAAAGAGGUGUUCCUGGAGCGUAACCCGGGCCCUCACUGCCCUGUGCCCAGCUCCAAGACCCUCACAUCAACGCUCACCAACAACACACAGGAGGGUAGCAGGGUGCUGGGCCGCUCCACCUCUCUGAGACUGCCCCCUACUGGUGGCUGUGAAGACCUGGGCAUGGAGACUGAGGAGGAGGAGGAGCUCCGCCCCAGAGGUCUGACGGGACUGAAGAACAUAGGAAACACCUGCUUUAUGAACGCAGCCCUGCAGGCCCUCUCUAACUGUCCUCCGCUGACCCAGUUCUUUGUGGAGUGUGGAGGCCUGGUGAGGACAGACAAGAAGCCUGCUCUGAGUAAGAGCUACCAGAAGCUGGUGUCAGACCUCUGGCACAAGAACAGGCCAUCCUAUGUCGUCCCUACCGGUCUGUUCCAGGGGAUCAAGGCUGUUAACCCCAUGUUCAGAGGAUACUCACAACAGGACUCUCAGGAGUUCCUGCGUUGUCUGAUGGACCAGCUCCACGAGGAGCUGAAGGAGCCACUGACCGAGCCCCCCGACAACGACCUACACUCUCACGCCAUCGCCAUGGACGACGACGGCCCCGACGACGACAGCCCCAGCCAAUCGGACAACGACUUUCAGUCAUGCGAGUCGUGCGGCGGCGGCAGCAGCGAGCGGGUGGACAGCGAGGGCCAGGGUGGGAGCGGGGACGGGCAGGCGGUGCUGUCAAGGGAGGAGUCUAAUGAGGCGGAGACGCUGAUCCCCGACAGGCCUGACUCCUCCCACUCCUCCGGCCAGACCAAUAGGGAGUGGCAGAAAGAGAAGAACCUGAUCAACGACCUCUACCGGGGGUCAGGGGCCGAGGGGUCAGGGGGAGACGUGGAUACCGUUCUCACAGAGGCCACGCCCAUCGUCAGCAGCCAGGGGACAAUCAAAGUCCAGAUACAAAGCCACAUGGCUGAGCUGCAGGUAGUGUCCAACACCCGGACCCAGAGUCCAGUCCAUAUGGAGGGACACUGCCUCACCAAGAUGUCCUCCAGCCCCCCCAAGACCAACUCUGUCUGGCCAGGAAUGUCCUCCAGCCCCCCCAAGAAUAACUCUGUCUGGCCAGGAAUGUCCUCCAGCCCCCCCAAGAAUAACUCUGUCUGGCCAGGAAUGUCCUCCAGCCCCCCCAAGACCAACUCUGUCUGGCCAGGAAAGUCCUCCAGCCAUAAGAAAGUGUCCUCGUUCUCCUCAACAAAGAGCCAGAGGAAGUACCGUAGUGUGAUAUCAGACGUGUUUGAUGGGACCAUCGUCAGCUCAGUGCAGUGUCUGACCUGCGAUAGGGUGUCAGUGACCCUCGAGAACUUCCAGGACCUGUCCCUGCCCAUCCCAGGCAAGGAGGACCUGGCUAAACUCCACUCCUCCUCCCAUCAGACGUGUCUGAUCAAGGCCGGCUCCUGUGGAGAGGCCUACGCAGCCCAGGGAUGGGUCGCCUUCGUCAUGGAAUACAUCAAGAGCUGGUGGUGGGGUCCUGUGGUGACCUUACAGGACUGUCUGGCUGCCUUCUUCACCAGAGACGAGCUGAAAGGUGACAACAUGUACAGCUGUGAGAAAUGCAAAAAAUUACGGAAUGGAGUGAAAUUCUGCAAAGUUCAGAGUGUACCAGAGAUUUUGUGUAUCCACCUGAAGCGGUUUAGACACGAGCUGAUGUUCUCCACUAAGAUCGGGACUCACGUCUCCUUCCCAUUGGAGGGCCUGGACUUGCAGCCCUUCCUGGCCAAGGAUAGUUCCGCCCACACCACCUCCUAUGACCUGCUGUCCGUCAUCUGUCACCAUGGCACCGCCAGCAGUGGUCACUACAUAGCCUACUGCAGGAAUGACCUGAACAACCUGUGGUAUGAGUUUGAUGACCAGAGCGUUACCGAGGUGUCAGAGUCCUGCGUCCAGAACGCUGAGGCCUACGUCCUGUUCUACAAGAAGAGCAACGAGGAGGCGCUGAAGGAGAGGAGGAGGGUGACGGGUCUACUCAGCGUGACGGAGCCCAGCCUGCUACAGUUCUACGUCUCCAGACAGUGGCUCAACAAGUUCAAGACCUUCGCUGAGCCUGGACCCAUCUCCAAUGACGACUUCCUCUGUUCACACGGAGGCGUGCCACCUGCCAAGGCAGCGUUCAUGGAUGAUCUGGUCGUGAUGCUGCCUCAGAACGCGUGGGACCACCUCUACAGCAGGUACGGAGGCGGGCCUGCAGUCAACCACCUGUAUGUUUGUCACACUUGUCAGACAGAGAUUGAGAAGCUGGAAAAGAGACGCAGGACAGAGCUGGACAUGUUUGUCCGGCUGAACAAGGCGUUCCAAGAGGAGGAGUCUCCACUGAUCAUCUACUGCAUCAGCAUGCAGUGGUUCAGAGAGUGGGAGGGCUUCGUCAAGGGAAAGGACAAUGAUCCACCGGGACCAAUCGAUAACUCCAAGAUCGCGAUCAACAAGAACGGCCAUCUAACACUCAGACAAGGAGCUGACUCGGGACAGAUCUCUGAGGAGACGUGGAACUUCCUCCACUCCAUCCACGGAGGAGGUCCACUCGUAACAGUCCGGCCCAACGUCUCUCACACCAACGCAUCUCACCCCGAACUAGAGGCCUCCUCGCAGUCUAAGGAGAAGAUAUAGGUGGAGACGUGCUACGUUUAAAUCUACCUACAUACCAACCCCCUAACAGGAAACUACCUACCUACCCCCUAACAGGAAACUACCUACCUACGGUACCUACCCCCUAACAGGAAACUACCUACCUACCCCCUAACAGGAAACUACCUACCUACCCCCUAACAGGAAACUACCUACCUACCCCCUAACAGGAAACUACCUACCUACGGUACCAACCCCCUAACAGGAAACUACCUACCUACCCCCUAACAGGAAACUACCUACCAACCCCCCUAACAGGAAACUACCUACCUACGGUACCAACCCCCUAACAGGAAACUACCUACCUACACACCAACAGGAAACUACCUACCUACGGUACCAACCCCCUAACAGGAAACUACCUACCUACCCCCUAACAGGAAACUACCUACCUACCCCCUAACAGGAAACUACCUACCUACGGUACCAACCCCCUAACAGGAAACUACCUACCUACCCCCUAACAGGAAACUACCUACCUACUGUACCAACCCCCUAACAGGAAACUACCUACCUACUGUACCAACCCCCUAACAGGAAACUACCUACCUACACACCAACAGGAAACUACCUACCUACACACCAACAGGAAACUACCUACCAACCCCCCUAACAGGAAACUACCUACCAACCCCCCUAACAGGAAACUACCUACCUACACACCAACAGGAAACUAUCUACCUACCCCCUAACAGGAAACUACCUACCAACCCCCCUAACAGGAAACUACCUACCAACCCCCCUAACAGGAAACUACCUACCAACCCCCCUAACAGGAAACUACCUACCAACCCCCCUAACAGGAAACUACCUACCAACCCCCCUAACAGGAAACUACCUACCAACGGUACCUACCCCCUAACAGGAAACUACCUACCAACGGUACCUACCCACCAACAGGAAACUACCUACCUACCCACCAACAGGAAACUACCUACCAACGGUACCUACCCACCAACAGGAAACUACCUACCCACCAACAGGAAACUACCUACCAACCCCCUAACAGGAAACUACCUACCUACCUACCCCCUAACAGGAAACUACCUACCUACCAACCCCCUUAACAGGAAACUACCAACCCCCUAACAGAAACUACCUACCCCUUAACAGGAAACUACCUACCCCCUAACAGGAAACUACCUACCUACCAACCCCCUUAACAGGAAACUACCUACCUACCCACCCACCUACCAACCCCCUAACAGAAACUACCUACCCCUUAACAGGAAACUACCUACCCCCUAACAGGAACUACCUACCUACCCACCUACCAACCCCCUAACAGAAACUACCUACCUACCUACCCACCCACCUACCAACCCCCUAACAGAAACUACCUACCCCUUAACAGGAAACUACCUACCCCCUAACAGGAAACUACCUACCUACCAACCCCCUUAACAGGAAACUACCUACCUACCCACCCACCUACCAACCCCCUAACAGAAACUACCUACCCCUUAACAGGAAACUACCUACCCCCUAACAGGAAACUACCUACCUACCAACCCCCUUAACAGGAAACUACCUACCUACCCACCCACCUACCAACCCCCUAACAGAAACUACCAACCCCCUAACAGAAACUACCUACCUACCUACCCACCCACCUACCAACCCCCUAACAGAAACUACCUACCCCUUAACAGGAAACUACCUACCCCCUAACAGGAACUACCUACCUACCAACCCCCUAACAGGAAACUACCUACCUACCCCCUAACAGGAAACUACCUACCCCCUAACAGGAACUACCUACCUACCUAACCCCUAACAGGAAACUACCUACCUACCCCCUAACAGGAAACUACCUACCUACCCCCUAACAGAAAACGACCUACCUACCUACCCCCUAACAGAAAACGACCUACCUACCUACCCCCUAACAGAAAACGACCUACCUACCUACCCCCUAACAGAAAACGACCUACCUAUCUACCCCCUAACAGAAAACGACCUACCUAUCUACCCCCUAACAGAAAACGACCUACCUAUCUACCCCCUAACAGGAAACGACCUACCUAUCUACCCCCUAACAGGAAACUACCUACCUACCUACCUACCUACCAGCUAACAGGAAACUACCUACCUACCAACCCCCUAACAGGAACUACCUACCUACCCCCUAACAGGAAACUACCUACCUACCCCCUAACAGGAAACUACCUACCUACCCCCUACAGGAAACUACCUACCUACCCCCUAACAGGAAACUACCUACCUACCCCCUAACAGGAACUACCAACCCCCUAACAGGAACUACCUACCUACCAACCCCCUAACAGGAACUACCUACCUACCCCCUAACAGGAAACUACCUACCUACCCCCUACAGGAAACUACCUACCUACCCCCACCUACCAACCCCCUAACAGGAACUACCAACCCCCUAACAGGAAUUACCUACCUACCAACCCCCUAACAGGAACUACCUACCUACCCCCUAACAGGAACUACCUACCUACCUUCUAACAGGAAACCCCCAAAACCAGCCCUGAGUAAAACAACAAAAUGUUUUAUUUUGCACUUUACUUUUUAUUUAAAAAUCAUUCGAGCAAAGGAUUUCCCUUCCUUGACCACUGGGCAGAAGAAUAAACAUGUUUGAAAAUAACAUGAUGACAUGUUUCUACAUAAAUGUAUAAAUAUAUAAUUUCUAAUAGCACUGUAGAAUAAUACAUGGGAACUGUGUCUGGUAAUUUCCAGAACCAAGCAUUUAUUAAUUUUGUUUUUUGCCGGUAAAAUCUCUCUCUUCACCAAAAUGGAGACAAUGUCACUCUAUAUCAGGGGGAUGGGAAACUUUAAUGGGGGUGGGGGCCACAAAGAAAUCGUCACUCAUUAUGAUUGGCUGUUCGUGGUUCUGCGUACCCACACAUGCAAUCAGAGCCGGCCAUAUCCUUUUGGGGGCCCGAAGGGAAAUUUUGAUGACCCCCGACCCCUUGCGAGCAAAACAUUUUAGCGGCACCCUUCUUGACACUGGAGAGAAAGAAUGUAUGUUUUAGUUUAUUUUCUGUAAUUCUACACAUUUUGCCAUGCGGCGGUGAGAACAUUUUUCAAUUUUAUAACAAAUUUCAUGCAAUUCUAAUAAAAAAAAAUGCAACGUGGUAGAGAGAACAUGUUUCAGUUUUACAGCUAAUUUCCUGCAAUUCUACACAUUUUGCCAUAGGGUGGAGAUAAAUGUUUGCCGUUUUUAAUAUGAUAUCUGAGAGAGUAAUGAACCAAAUCAACGGAGGGCCCCCCUUGGUCAGUAAUUCAACCAUGAUUACUACACGUUUAGAUAGCUGGCGAGACUAACUUACCACGUCGAAACAUUUUUUUUAGCUGAUAUGGGCUAAUUGAGUGACUGUCAUUGACGGAACGGACAUGACAAGGGAAGAAACUGCUGAUGCAUAACCAACAUGUUGAAAUGACACCUUGGUGUAUUCCACUAUUCUACCUAGCAACAGUAAGUUGAGACCCCGACUGAGUUCCCCAGGAGGGGGUUCUAUAUGAUGUCACUCUUGUGUCUUGUGUGUCGCAAACGACAACAGAAGAAUCACAAUGCGUCUUACUGUAGAUAUCGAAAUUGUUCUCUUUUUUUUAAUACCUGUUCUAAGAAAAUAACAUAUUGUCGAAGAAGUGAAUGGUUAUAAAAAGUUCCCGCUCUUACAUUUUCCAUAAAAGUGAAGAAGAGAAAUCCGUCCACAUAUUUUAGAGACCCUCUUAUUUGCAGACAAAAUAUAGCUGUUUUUAAAAGCUAAUUUCCUACAAUGCUACAGAUUUUUGCCAUGGCGUGUUCUUGUGCUAUCUGAUCAAACAUAACAAAAUCAAUGGGGGCUCCAUACCAAGACAUUUGGGGAAUUUUUGAUUCUCCAGGUUUUUUUUUAUUUUUUUUUAGUGGCGGCAAGUAAAUGAAUAUAGGGGAAACACUGCUAAGGAUAUGUGUUUACACAGGCAGCCUAAUUCUGAUCUUUUUACACUAAUUGGUCUUUUGACCAAUCAGAUCAGGUAUUUUGCCAAUAAUUGGCCACAAGAUCAGAAUUGGGCUGCCUGUGUAAACUAAGUAAUCUCAGAAAGGAUUUGUAUGUUUUUUUACUAUAGUCUGGUUAAGAUAAGUGGCACGCUCACACAAUGUCUGAUGUGUAUUAGAAUGUACUCGUGAGUCCAGGGGUGUAUUCACUAGGAUCCAAAAGGAAUGAAACGGGGAGGGACCCCACCUAUCUGAAUGUGUCCAAUAUAAACUCUUUGUUUCUGUUGUAAAACCUGGUGUGUGUGUGACCUAAUGAAUACACCCCUGGUGUACUACAGUCCCAGAACUUCCUUGUUAUUUACCUCCCAUUGACCAGACCAGGGGGUGGAUUUACCGUGUAUCCCAAAUGGCACCCUAUUCCCUAUAUAGUGCACUGCUUCAGACCAGGGCCCUAUGGCACCCUAUUCCCUAUAUAGUGCACUACUUUAGACCAGAGAGCCCUAUGGCACCCUAUUCCCUAUAUAGUGCACUGCUUCAGACCAGGGCCCUAUGGGGCAUAGUGUUCCAUUUGGGAGGCACGUAUAUGUUAAUAGACUUUUUUUUGUAUAAAAUAUGUGGCUGGCAGGCAUGCUUUAGAGGGAACCCCACUCACUCAACCAGGGUUGGGGUCAAUCCACAUUUCAAUUCAGGAGGUGAACUGAAAUUCUAAAUAAAAUUUUCCUCAAUGAUUUGUCUGUGAGGGAAAAAAAGGUGGAAAUAAAAUGGGAAUUGACCCCAACCCUGAAGUACGAAUGAUUUGAAAAACUUGAUGGCCACAUGUCACAUUAAAUUACAUGUAAGCUGCCCACUCACUGCAUAAUAUGUACACAAUGAAUCACAAACUUCUGUGGCUGUCUUUGUCUUUGAAAUGUACAGAAUUACACGACAAGCUAUCAAAUCAUAAUAUUCAUCAGUUUUGUCACUGAAGAAGCAUUGACUUGUGUAUAAGAGCAUGGUGUUGCUUAUGCUAUGUGGUCACUGAAGAAGCAUUGUUAAGAAAUGCUGUAGGUAUAUGGAAUACUGCAUCCUGAUUUGGAAUGGCUGAUAUGAUUCAUUAAACACAUCUGUUCUGA